AUGUAUGAUGAUUAUCACUGCACAAAUUGCUUGGGAGGCCAAUUAAGUCCAUCUUUGGUCAAUUUGACCAAUUUGCGAUACUUGGACAUGAGCUCAAAUGAUUUUUCAGGAAUCCAAGUUCCUGCAUUCUUGGGAUUGUUGAAAAACUUGAGAUACCUCAAUCUCUCAAGUGCAGGAUUUGAUGGUGAAAUUCCCCACCAUUUAGGAAACCUCUCACAUUUACGGUAUUUAGAUCUUGGGUGGAAUUCAUUGAGCACUAAGGAUCUCGGGUGGAUUGCUGGGCUCUCUUCUCUAGAAGACUUGAAUGGUUGUGAUCUCUUCAUCCAUCCUCAUCUUUCACAUGUCAAUUUCACAUCUCUUGCUUUCCUUGAUCUCAGUGGAAAUAAUUUCAACAACUACAUGGCCCCUCCUUGGCUCCGUAAUCUUACUGGCCUCCAUGAUCUUCGUCUUGUUGGUACUAAUCUUUUUGAUUCAAUUCAUGAUCUAUUUGACCAUAUGACCUCUCUCGUUCAUCUCGAUCUAUCUUCAAACCACUUUUGUAAUGCAAGCAGUCUUACUUAUUUGGAUCUGAGUUUUAAUAAUUUGCAAGGGUCAAUACCAAGUGAAAUAGGCCAACUUAUAAAUCUUACUUAUUUGGAUCUGAGUCACAAUAAUGUGCAAGGGUCAAUACCAAGUGAAAUAAGGCCGCUUUCAAAAUUAACUAACCUAUCAUUGUCUGGUAACAGCUUAAAUGGUACCAUACCGACCAAUCUUGGGCAGCUAACGAAGCUACAAGCAUUUGACGUUGGUUACAAUUCAGUAACUGGUGUCCUAUCUGAAGACCAUUUUGCGAAACUCCGAGAGCUGAAGUCACUGGGCCUAUCCGUAAACUCACUCGCGCUGAACGUGAGCUCCUCGUGGGUUCCUCCUUUUCAACUCCAUGAAAUUCGGAUGGGAUCCAUCAUUGUGGGACCCAGGUUUCCAGCUUGGCUUCGGACGCAGAAGGAGGUUGAGGAGUUAGACAUGCGGAACGCGAGCAUUUCAGAUACCAUACCCAGCUGGUUUCGAGUGCUUUGUCAUAAUAUUACGUCAUUAGAUCUCUCCAGCAACAGCCUAACUGGAAAUCCUUUGGAGUUCAAAUCUUUUCCGCAGCUUGAAGAUUUAGAUCUUUCACACAAUUUUCUUACUGGACAUAUUCCGCAGCUUCAACAUGCGCUGGUGGUUCUCGCACUAAAUGAUAACCGUUUCACAGGUACUAUCCCUGAAGACUUGUGCAAGUUGGAAUAUUUAGAAUCUCUAGAUCUAUCCAACAAUCAUCUGUCCGGAAGAGUUCCUCUGUGUCUAGGAAACUUGCGAGACCUGCAGUACCUAUUCUUGGAAAAUAACAGUCUAUCCGGUCAAAUUCCGAGUUCACUGGGUAACUUGUUGCAACUUUCUUAUCUGCAUUUGAAUGGAAAUAAAUUCGUUGGGAAGCUCCCUGCCUCGAUGCAGCAUCUGAGCAAUUUGCUAAUUCUUGAUCUCGGUGACAAUGGACUGAAGGAUACUAUACCAGCUUGGAUUGGGGAUAGGUUAUCAAAGUUAAAGUUUCUAAGAUUUCAGUCAAAUAACUUCCAUGGACCCAUUUCCGAUACACUCUGCCAACUCUCACAUCUUCAAGUGCUGAACUUAGCACAUAAUAACUUGAGUGGAUUUAUUCCUCGCUGCUUUAACAACAUUACUGCCAUGGUAUCAGGUCUAGAUGGAGGUUACACCAUUGAUUCAGUAGAAAGCCUUCAAGACAUUAAGGGAGGAAGAGAAGUUCAGUAUUCACAAGACAGCCUUCGGCUUGUUAAUUCCGUAAGCCUCUCAGCAAAUAAUUUAGUUGGCGAGAUCCCUGAUGAGAUAAUGGAACUGGUUCAAUUGCAAGUUUUGAAUCUUUCACAAAAUCAUUUGACUGGAAGGAUCCCCAAGAAGAUUGGCAACUUGAAGCAACUUGAAACACUUGAUCUAUCAAUGAAUGAACUCUUCGGUGCAAUCCCUGAAAGCUUAUCUGAUUUGUACUCAUUGAACUCUCUCAAUUUGUCACACAAUAAACUUUCAGGGCCAAUACCAUCAGGAAAUCAGCUUCAAACCUUGACCGAUCCAUCCAUCUAUGAAGGAAACAGUGGACUCUGUGGCAAACCGCUCCCAAACAACUGCUGGGAACACAAAUUGCCUACCAAAAAUGGGCCUAUUGAUGAUGAUGAAGGCCACAGGGAAUCUGAUUGGUCUUGGUUUUAUGCUGGAAUAGGACCGGGUUUUGCUGCCGGGCUGUCAGGAGUUUUGGGAAUCCUUCUCUUCAAGAAGUCAUGGCGCUAUGCAUACUUCAAGUUUAUAGAAAGUGCCUGUGACAAAAUCUGGGUAAAGACUACUCGCCCGCGGAGGAAUUUCCGUUGAGCCUACGACUAUCAGAGUGGUUGCUGCUGCUGUUGUCCAGGGUGCCUCGAGAACCCAAUAGUAGUUUAGUUGUGUUUUCGUGUAUUUAAGCUUCGAGUAUUCAGUGUUUUUCUGUUUUGUUUUGCAUCUCAAGAUGUAAUCUGAGGAUUAGUCCUCUUUCAACAGCUGUGAAUUCUAUGUCAAACGGUAUGAGACC